GCGAAAGGUCAUUAGGCAGAACCCGGGGAGCGCGUGAGGUUUUGGUUCUUGAAUCUUGAGAGGCGAAAGAGAAAGAAAGGAAGAGAGAGCGACGCCUUGAGAGCACCAGACUGCGCAGCAAUGGCGAUGAAGGCGAGGUUGUUGGCGGCGGCGGCGACGUGCGUCUGCCUGGCGGCGGCGGCCUCCGCCUUCGACGUGCCGACCGUGGCCUUCGAGGAAGGGUUCUCGCCGCUGUUCGGGGACGGCAACCUUGUCCGCGCGCGGGAUGACAGGGCCGCCCGCCUCUUGCUCGAUCGCCGCUCCGGUUCGGGAUUCAUCUCCUCGGAUUACUACCUGCACGGCUUCUUCAGCGCGUCCAUCAAGCUGCCCAGGGACUACACGGCCGGCGUCGUCGUCGCCUUCUACCUGUCGAACGGGGACGUGUACGAGAAGACGCACGACGAGCUGGACUUCGAGUUCCUGGGCAGCCGGUGGGGCGGGCAGUGGCGGGUGCAGACCAACGUCUACGGCAACGGCAGCACCAGCCGCGGCCGGGAGGAGCGCUACCUCCUCCCCUUCGACCCCACCCUCGAGGCCCACCGCUACUCCAUCCUCUGGGCCCCCACCCACAUCAUAUUCUACGUGGACGACACGCCGAUCCGCGAGGUGGUCCGGCACCCCGGCAUGGGCGGGGACUUCCCGGCCAAGCCCAUGGCGGUGUACGCCACCAUCUGGGACGGCUCCGCCUGGGCCACGGAGGGCGGCAAGUACAAGGUCAACUACAAGUACGCGCCCUUCGCCUCCGACUUCUCCGACCUCUCCCUCCGAGGAUGCCGCGUCGCCGACCCGGCGGCGCUGAGCAGCGACGCCGCCGGCGGGUGCGACCUCCUGGGGCUCAUGACGGCCGACUACGCGGUCAUGACCCCGCAGAAGCGCGCCGCCAUGCGCGCGUUCCGGGCGCGCCAGAUGACCUACACGGUCUGCUACGACGCGGCGCGGUACGCGGCCGGCCCGUUCCCGGAGUGCGACAACUCGGACGAGGAGAGGGGCACGUUCUGGGCGUGGGGCGAGUCCAAGACCGUGGUCAUGAAGACGCGCGGCCGCGGGCGCCGCGGCCGGGGGAGCAGGACCGGCGCCGGAGCAAGGGGACGCGCCGGCGCGGCGAGCAGCUGAGCUCUUACUUGACAGGACACUAAUGGCUAUGGAUUUCAUUGAUUUUUGGGCGGCGUUAUAUGAUUUCGGUGUCUCUGUAUAGGUUGGUCGUAGGGAUUAGUAGCUCAUUGUUUUUUACUGCUAGGAGUAUUACUAUUCUUUGAUUCGUUGGAUGGCAGCUAAUAAUAUGAUCAGAUUAUUACUA